CCGAUGACGUGUCCUAACUCCCAAGUAGAAGAAGAAGAAGAAGUAAAAAAAAAAAAAAAAAGAUCUGAAAGAAAUAAAAAACGAAUCGGAAGAGAGAGAGAGAGAGAGAGAUUGGAGCUAGUUGGAGAUGGGAAUAAGGUUCAUAUUGAUGGUGAACAAGCAAGGCCAGACUCGUCUUGCUCAGUACUACGAAUGGCUCACUCUCGAGGAACGUCGCGCUCUCGAAGGCGAAAUCGUCCGUAAAUGCCUCGCUCGCAACGACCAACAGUGUUCGUUUGUCGAGCAUCGCAACUACAAGAUAGUCUACAGGCGUUACGCAUCUCUCUUCUUCAUGGUUGGGGUUGAUGACGAUGAAAACGAGCUGGCGAUUCUAGAGUUCAUACAUCUUUUGGUCGAGACAAUGGACAAGCAUUUUGGAAAUGUGUGUGAGCUAGACAUAAUGUUCCAUCUGGAGAAAGCUCAUUUCAUGCUGGAAGAAAUGGUGAUGAAUGGUUGCAUUGUGGAGACAAGCAAAGCCAACAUACUUUCACCUAUACAACUUAUGGACAAAGCCCAUUAAUGCUAAACACCCUGUUUCUAUUUCUGUUAAUCCGUUUCAUCACUUUGUUACACACUUCUUCUUGUAUUAUUAUUAACGAUGCUUCAAAGAGAGGAUAAUACAAAAGAAGCAGGAAAUCGAAAAGUACCAAUUGGGAGUACAAUUCACAAGAACCCGAUGAUAAUAAGGAUAGUUACAUUGUCUAGCCAUUACAUCCGCACAUAGGUCUGUUUGUCGACUUCUUGAAAAAAACGAAUGGCUGAAAAGUGUCUUCUUGGAUUCCUUAAGAUCUCUUUUGUGUAUGUUUUCAG